AGGAUGCAGGAAAUUCUGUUGUUUACACAUGUGUCUGUUACACUGAGAAGCAAGAGAAGCCCAGCAAACUGAGAGGGAGUGAAAUUAAGUGAUGGAUCAAAACACGAAUUUAGACUCCACUCAGAAACAAAUGGAAGAGAUAGAGGUUUUUGGGACCCAACCAACAGAACCCGAUAAAUUAGAUAGAUGUUGGCAACCAGGUGACCUUCUCUGUCAUUCAAAUAUUCCAUCUCAAAGUUUCUAUCCAAAUUCACCUCAUUAUGCACAUAUAGAUGCAAGUUACAGCAGUGAUUGGGAAAUUUUUGAAGCAGUAAAAAUUCAGGAACUGGAGGAAGUCAAAGCCAGAGCUGCCCAAAUGGAGAAGACCAUGCGCUGGUGGUCAGAUUGCACCGCCAACUGGAGGGAGAAAUGGAGCAAAGUUAGAGGAGAAAGAAAUAAAGCACGAGAGGAAGCAAGACAAUUGAGAAUCAAAUUAGACAGUAUGAUAAAAGAGCUAAGUGUGCUUAAAAAAAUAAAUCAGGACUUAGUAACUGAGAAAGAAAACUUAGAAAAUGGAACUGCAUGGAAAACGGAAUGCCAUUGCUCAGAAAUAUCCUGUAUUAAAAAGGACCAAAACCUGUUAAUGUUUCUGGAGCCAGAACCUACAAAAGACCUAAACAAAAUCGUCAAAAUUCCUGGGGCAGAAGACACAAAGAAGGAUGUAAACAAAGACCAAAACAAUGACAAUAAAAAAUUUAGUCCAAAGCCUCCUGAUUUCUUCCCCAGUGGACUACCCAGCAUCUAUUUGGGGGAACCUAAAAUAAGUUUGGACACUGCUGCUAAGACAACAGAGAAUGAUUUAAUACAUGUAUCAGUCUUAAAUUUGCAUUUGGCUGAGAUGAGAAAAAUCUUACAGAAGGAAAGAGAAAUGAAUGUAUUUCUGGAGAGAAAAAUGGAAAAGAUGGAAAAUGAAUUAUUUCUUUGGAAAUGGAAAUAUGAAGAACUGAGACAAAUCAAGCUGGAAAAUCUGAAACAGCUGGAAAGAAUGCAGUGCGAGAGUGCCUCUGAAUGGGGAAAGAGAGAGCGACUAGAAGCAGAGAAACAAAGUUUGGAAGAAGAGACCAGAAAACUAAAAAUGCAGGUAAAAGAAAUCCAGGAACCUCUGGAGACAAUUAAAUAAAAAAUA